UUAUGGUGGAAAAGGAGUUGAAAAGAGGGUGGGAAGCAGCAACACAACUACCUAGUUUAAUUGUGGAUGUUCCAUCACAAUUACAAACAUUCAAUCAAAGAUCAUCAUCAUCAGAUCAUAAUGAUGAUCAGAUUUUAAUCAAUGAUAAUAAAAAAAUGGAUUGUAUGAAGAAUUUUUCCAACACUGUUCUUUAUUCACUAGAAAAUUCAAUUUCCAUCAUCAAAACUAUGAUACAAUCAAUGGAGAUUCAAGCUUCAUCUUCUGGAUCUCCUCCUAACAACAGGAGAUACAUAAUUGAUACAUCUAAUAUUACACCCGAUGGUUACACUUGGAGGAAAUAUGGGCACAAGUGUAUUCAAAAUACAAAGCAUCCAAGGGAAUACUUCAAGUGUGUAUACAAAGAAGAUCAGAAAUGUCAAGCAACUAAACAUAUUCAAAAGAUAUCAGACAGUCCUACAAAAUACAGGAUCACUUAUUAUGCUGAUUGAAAAAAACGACGAUGUAUUAGAGUUCGAAUAAUGUGUUUCAAACUCCAAUAUUACCAAGAUCGAGUGUAUGAGGUUUUGUGACAAACAAAUUACGUUAUCAAUAAUAUCGAUGUUUGUAGGAGAAAAUAAAGCAAUAAAAUGACACAAAGAUUU